AUGUUUCGUGCAUUGAUUAAACUUCAUAUUCAUUUAAAAAAUCGUGUACUUGACCUUUCUUAUGCAUAUGGAUAUUUCGUGGCGGAUCAUUCUCUCUACAUAAUUUUAGUUUGUUUUGGUGUAUUUCUGCUAAGUUUGUUUCAAAUCACAACAAAUGUUCCUCCACCUGGAAGUACAUUGGAAAUCUUUGCAGAAUCAUCGCAAUCAUUUCGACCAGUACGAGCAAGAUUAGAAUUGAAUACAAGUGAUCAACUACAUGACAAGCAACCAGAUAAACCUCUCUGGGUAAGAAAAC